AUGGCUGUUGUGCCAUCCGAUGAAAAGAAAAAGCAAGGCUGUCAGCGAGAGAACGAAACUUUAAUACAAAGAAGGAAAGACCAAAUGCAGCCUGGUGGAACCACAGUCAGUGUCACGGUGCCGUAUCGUGUAGUUGAUCAGCCUCUUAAACUCAUGCCUCAAGACUGGGAUCGGGUGGUGGCUGUGUUUGUCCAGGGUCCCGCCUGGCAAUUCAAGGGCUGGCCAUGGUUACUACCUGACGGAUCACCUGUGGAUAUUUUUGCAAAAAUUAAAGCCUUUCAUCUUAAGUAUGAUGAGGUUCGCCUAGAUCCAAACGUCCAGAAAUGGGAUGUGACACUUUUAGAACUCAGUUAUCAUAAACGGCACUUGGACAGACCAGUCUUCCUGCGUUUCUGGGAAACAUUGGACAGGUAUAUGGUCAAGCAUAAAUCCCACUUAAGAUUCUGAAUUCUAGACUGCCAUUUCAUUUUGAAAACUCUUGUGAUCCAGAAAGGAAAGAAAAUCCCCUGUCAGCAUUUGUGAAGAAGAUUAUUACAGAGAAAGAAGAAGUCAUAAUUCAACCUUUUAUAAAACGUUGUUGGAUCACCACGUUACAAUGAAAGCCAACAGUUCUUCUCUAUAACAAGCAAGGGAUUUUGCUUAAAACUAUUUUUUAAUAACAUAAUAAGCCUUUUAGCCUGCAAUUCAAAUUGUAUAUUUUGAUAGCAGCCAUUUCUUUCCCAUUUUGUUAAAUUAGCAAACUUUUUACAAUUACUUUUUUGUUCAAUAGAAUAUAGGUUGAUUUUCAUGGAAGGUUACAAACUUAUAUGUGUAUGUAUAUAUAGAAAUAGAGAUGGAUGUUCUAAACUACUUCGCUUCUAAGCAUAGUUCUUGGUUCUUUGAUUUAUUGUUUCAUUCGUGAAAAACAUUUUGUUUUUAUUGGUAUUAUCUUCUAGUCUAAAGAACUCUAGGAACUGAGCUAAGUGAAGAUUGCUUUAGCUUAAACAGAUUGUCAACCUGUAUAUGUAUAUUGUAUAUUCUUUCUGUCUUUGAAAAAAAAGGGAAAGGGAAAAAGAAAACUUUUCUUAUGAUGAUAAUUUACCAAAACUGUAAAAAGAGUCAUUAUGAGUACAUUUGAAGUGCAACAUUUUCCAUGCAAAUAUUUUUUUUUUUAAUUGUGUCUUCUUAUGACCCCCAUUUUGAAGUAUAUAUGAAAUGCUGUAUAGACAUUCUAUUUGGGGCAACUGGGAUUUUUAAAAAUCAGAAUUGGCAAAAUCUAUUCUUCUAAUCCCAGAAGUUAACUGGUUUUUACCAUUGGUAGGUAUUACUACAUUAUUUUAACUCUAUGAGAACCAGACGUGACUCCAUAGAAGGAGCACAUUUUACUGUACACCCAAUCAUUAUCAACAUGUUUCUUUCCAGAUUUAGCACUGGUAUAAAAAGAAGAUGCAGCAGGAACUUUCCUUCUCAGGUUGUAAAUCUGGUUAUAAGGCAGGAUCUUGCUCAAUGUAAUAUCUCAAUUGCAGGGAAAAUGUAGAUUCUCGCCCAUUACAAUAACGACUGCUCAGCAUUUCCAUUAAAAAAAAUCAGUAACCAAAGAACAUGUUUUACUUGAUCAAGGAAGGAGCACAAGAGAGUAAGAAAAUGUUAUUUCUGUGUGUUUGUAUUUUAUAAUAUAGUUGCAGAAUGCUGCAUACGAGUCCACAGACAGAAUUAACCUAAUUGUUUACUUUGACCUGGAUUUGGAGGGGGGGAAUAAUUUGGAGGGGGGGGGUUGAACCAUGUUUUUAUGCUGAGCAUCUGACUAAAGUAAAAUAUUCUAUAUAUUCUUCUUUAGUUUUGCUUUAGAUCAUUCUCUAAAUGGUUUAUCAUGUAACAUUUCCUAAUGAAAUGUGAACUUUUUAAAUUUUUUCCUUCUAAUGAUUUUUAGGAUAUUCUGAAUUCUUUUCAUAUUUAUUUCUGGUACACUGAGACUGUGAUUUCAAUUUUAUUGUAGUUACGGCAAGAAUAAAGUUUUCAGCUUUUCAGGAAGGUUUUUCUGUUAUGAGAAUCCACAGUAAUAGUAUUU